CCGUGUGUUCUUGCUGUUCGCCAGAAAGUGUGUAACUGUGCGCGACGCGAUCUCGGCCACAUCUGAUGCCCAGUGUUUUGCUCGAUUUGAAUUCGAAAGAAUCAUUUCUGAGGUGCUUUUAGUGGAAAUUAUUAAGUGGCGACAACUCAUCAGCAGCUGUUGAGGAUAACUUUUGAUAGGAAUCUGUGAUCCAGGAUGUCUCCCAUGCAGAAUGGUGUGAAAAACAGCACGAAGAAGAGCCAGACGUCGUCAGAGAAGAAGCGCCCCAACUCGCCUUACGAGUCGCUUCACGCGUCAGAAGAUGCACCGAAGCCCAAAUCCGUCCUCGUGGCGUACGUGUGGUGGCUGAUCGGCGGCGUGUUCGGGGCUCAUCAUCUCUACCUCCACCGGGAUCGCCAUGCCUUUGUGUGGUGGUGCACUCUGGGCGGCUACUUCGGCAUCGGCUGGAUAUCGGAGAUCUUCAAGAUCCCGGAAUACGUGCGGGAUGCCAACGAUGAUCCAGUGUUUGUGGCCAAAUUCGUGGCCAGACUGAACAAGCACAAGAAGCCACCCUUCAAUACGACUCGCUUCAUGGGAGCAAUCUUGAUGGCUUACGUGUUCACACAGGUGGCUAAAAUUGCCAUUCCAGAAGAGAUCUUCGCCGGGAUAGAUUUCAGCUUCCUCCACUGGACCCUGCCUUUCUUUACCUCGCUUGGCGUCUGGAUUGUGGGCAAUAUUGGUCGCGAAAAAGGCCCACUGUGGCACUGUCUCAUCGCCGCGUACGCUUCGUAUCCGAUUAGAUACAAGCUCUACGACGAAGACUACUGGAUGCUGAUCAUGAUCGUAAUUUCAGCAUCCGUCUUCGACAUGUGUUCCAAGAAGUGGCGCUUGGAACGCCCAAAGCGUCAUGGCCUGUGCAAGCGCGGCUUUUAUCUCGUCCUCGCAAUCUCCUGCUACUCUUCUCUGUGGAUUUGCUAUUUGUACUUCAACGGAAAGAUCCAGGACAGCGAAGGGGAUGAAGUUCCGGUGCACGAGGCGAUUCACAACUUCCUGACGUCACCUUGGUGGGUGGAUUUGAAGGCGACACUGCACGAGACGUGGCAAUUCGCGAAGCACAACGGCUGGAAAGAAACCUGGCGACAGAUCAUCGACCAAAUGGACGCGACUGGAGAGCAAAAUGCCUACAAAGUGCUCGGAGUAAGUCCAACUGCGUCUCAGAGCGAAAUUACAUCCGUCUACAGAAAGCUUUCGCGAGAAUACCAUCCGGACAAGGUGAAGGACGAGGAGCAGAAAGUCGUCGUUCAGGAGAAAUUCAUGGAGAUCCAGAAAGCCUAUGAGGUUCUCAGCAAAAUUAAGAACCAGCGAAGGCGAAAGAAUAAGAAAUUCAACGAAGAAUUGUAAAAUGCGACAUUUAAAAAACAGUCAAUAUUCUUUU